CCCUGCCGGUGCCCCUCACUCCCGACCCGCAGCCCGGCUCCGUGUGUCCGGGGCGCCCCCUGGCGGCUGCCGAGGCUUCGGGCCCACGUGAUUUCUGGGAAAAGGAGCGAGCGGCGGAGAAUCGCGGCGGGGGGGCGGGGCAGGGUGUGACCGGGCGGGGGACGGACCGGGCGGCCCCGGACAGAGGCGCUGCGCAGCCGGGAGGAUGGCGUCGGGCCGGGCCCGCUCCACGCGGAAGCUGCGCCAAUGGACCGUGGAGCAGGUGGAGAGCGGGCGGUUCCCGGGGCUGGUCUGGGACGACCCCCCCGCCAAGAGCAUGUUCCGCAUCCCCUGGAAACACGCCGGCAAGCAGGACUUCCGCCACGACGAGGACGCGGCCUUCUUCAAGGCCUGGGCAGAGUACAAGGGCAAGUACCGGCCGGGCGAGCGGCUGGACCCGGCGGGCUGGAAGACCCGCCUGCGCUGCGCCCUCAACAAGAGCCCCGAGUUCGAGGAGGUGCCCGCGCGCUCCCAGCUCGACAUCGCCGAGCCCUACAAGGUGUAUCGCCUGGUGCCGCCCGCCGAGCAGCGCCCCGCCAAGCUGCCAGCGCGGAGGGGCCCCCGGCAGGGGAGGAAGGAGCCCCCCGACUCCUCCUCGGAGGGGGACGAGCUGCAGACCAGCGGGGGGGCUGCCCAGGCCCCCCUCACCCUGGAUAUGGUCAGCAUGGAGGUGACGUCGGGGUCGGAGCCCACCGCCGGCGCCUCCCAGAGUUCAGACGAUUCUGGCAUCGAGACCAGCGAGCGCAGCCCUGACGCCGGGGUCCCAUCCCCAGAUCUGAACGAGAUCGUCAUUAACGUCACGCUGGAGUCGGGGGCCCUCCUGCCCCCCAUGGACGACUACUCAGUGUUGCUGUCCCUGUGGUACAGUGGGGAGCUGGUGUGGCAGCAGCGGCUGCCCCAUGGUGAUUUCCUGGUGACCCCCACACCCGCGUCUGUGCCCCACGCCCCCAACUUUAUGCAGCGGGUGCUGCUGCCCCCCGCCGAGGGGGUGCGGGACCCCCACAAGCGCCAGGCCACGCAAGAGCUGCUGGGGGCGCUGGCCAAGGGGGUGAUGGUGGCCAGUUACCCCCAGGGGCUCUUUGUCCGGCGCCGCUGUCGAGGCCGGGUGUACUGGAGGGGCUCCGGGGCGCCGCCCGCCACCCCCAGCAAGCUGGAGAGAGAUGAAGUCAUGCAGGUCUUCAGUGGGGCAGCCUUCCGCCAAGCGCUGCAGCUGUACCGGCAGGGCCUGGGCACCCAGCCAGAGCCCCACGUCACCCUAUGCCUGGGCGAGGAGCUAGGCCAGCAGGACGGCCCCGCGGACAAGCUCAUCAUCAUCCAGAUGGAGCAAGCCUUCGCCCGGAAGCUGCUGGACAUGCCGGAGGUGGAGAUGGCGUCCGUCUGCCUCCUCUCCCUGGAGCCCUCCUGUCUCUUCAGCCCAAUCUGAGGGGACCCAAGAUGCUCCAGACCCUGCCAUUGCCUCGACUUAGGGGGCCAGGGGUGGGACUUCCUGUCUUGUCCCAUUCGGGACAGGUGCUUUCUGUACUUAGAAGUCAUGCCCCCCAACAUGCUUCCUGUUUUGUCCGUUAUAUGGGGAGAGAUUUCCUGCCUUGUGGAACAUGAUGGGGCAGGAUAGCGCGUCUCACCUGUUUCAUUGAGGGGGGACUUCCUCUUUUGCUCACUGUCUGGGGGAGGGACUUCCUGGGGUUGGACACCACAGUCAGACACACUUCCUGACUUGGUGCAUUCUCAGGGAAGCAGUUCCUGGAAGACUGGAACCUGUUGGAGGCUGGCCUUCCUGUAUGUCCAUGGUGUAAGGGUGGGACUUCCUGUCUUGCCUCAUGUAGAGCUGGGAGGGACCACCAGGGAUUUGGAUUGUGUAAGGGUGGGACUUCCUGGCUUGACCAGUGCGUAGGGGGUGGGAUAUCCUGUUUUGCACAUUGUUUGGGAGGGAGCUCCUGGCAUUUCGAAUGUGUAGCGGUAGGACUUCCUAUUGUACAGAGGCGGGACAUGCUGUCUUGGCCCUGGUAGUGCCGGAACGUCCUGUAGUGAACGUUGUAGAGGCAAGACCUUCUAGUUUUACGUCCCUCUCUCCAGGGUAGAGGGAAGCUUCUUCUCCAGUUUGUAGAAACUUUUUUAUAUGCCAAAGGCCCUCCUGACCUGCGGCAACGCCCCCCGCCCCUUGCAGCCACAGCUAGGACCUUAAGCUCAGGUCCCUUUGCACUUUAUCCCUAACUGCAAGAAACUUUAUGAACCGUGUCGUGUGUUUUUAAAUAAAGUUUUAUUUGACCUA